AUGAUUUUAGGGGAUAAAGAAUAUGAUGAAUUUGAUGAAUAUGAUAUAAAUAUUGAUGGGGCAUCAUCAGCAACAACAUCAACAACAGCCAGGGAUAAUAAUAAUGAUAAUAAUAUAAUAAUAACAUCUCCCCAAACACAACAAGAUAUCGACCAAUAUGACAACACUAAAAAAAUAUAUAAAGAAGCAUUAAUAGAAAAAGAAUCAACGUUUAUAAGUUUAGAUAAACAUUAUUUAGACGAAAACGAAAAUGAAAAUAAUAAAGAAUACUAUAAUAUAAAUAUAAAUAAUGAAAAUACAGAUUAUAACAACAAAAAUAAUAAUAAUAGCAACAAUAACAGUAAUAGUAAAGAGUUUUAUUUUAACCAAGAUAACUCAGUUUCAAUAUUUUUAAAUAAAAUUUUAGCAUGGAUAUACAGUAAACCAAGAGGACUAUGGAAUACUAUACAUUGUGCAAUAGGGUUUUUAUUUAUAUUUUUUGGAUAUAACCCAACCCAAAGCUUAAUUACAAAUAUUCACGAAAAAGAUGGGUCCAUUGGUUUAACCUUGAUUUAUUUAUUUUUUUCAAUCAGUUGUUUCAUCGCACCUUCAAUAAUUAAAAAAAUUGGUUUAAUUAAAUCAUUAUAUCUAUCAGGUUUUGUUUAUGCAUUAUUUAUAUUUUGUUCAAUAGAUAAAUUAUCAUAUCUCUUUUUACCAGCAUCAUGUGCUAUAGGUUUUGCAGCAGGUUUACUUUGGACAGCACAACCAGUUUAUGUAUCACAAAAUGCAGCUUCAUCACUUCAAGGAGAAAAAGAAAUUGGUAUUUAUUCAGGUAUUUUUCAAGCUAUAAACUCUUCUGGUGGUAUUAUUGGUAAUGCAGUAAGUGGUGGUCUUAGAACUGCAAAAAUUCAAACCACAUAUAUUCUUUGUACACUUGGUUCAGUUACAGUAUUUGGUUCAUCUCUAUUAAUAUUUUUAAAAAAUGUAGAUUCCAGUACACAAGGUCCAAAAAGAUCCCUAAAAAAAACCUUAAUAAGCACUUUUUUGGUAUUUAAAGAUAAAAAGUUUCAACUAUGUAUACCAUUAUUUAUUUUACAAGGUCAAUCACAAUCAUAUUUUUUCCAAACUAUAAACAAUUUAAUUGGAAUAGAAAGAGUUGGUUUUAUUUCAUUGGUAUUUGGUGUGGUUAGUGUUCUUGGUGCUUCACUAUGGGGCAAAGUUCAUGACUCAAAAGGCAAAGUUGUAAUGCAAUAUAUUUUAGCAGGUUUAUACAUUCUCAGUUUAGUUUUAGCAUUUGUAGCAUACCAUUUUUCAGAAAUGCCUUUAUUUUAUGUAAUUAGUGCUAUUAAUGGUUGUUUUGAUUCAUUGCAAACCAUUCUAAUCUUUGUAACCGUUGCCACACUAUAUCCAAUAGAUAAUGUAGCAGCAUUCUCUGCCUCAAGAUUUGUAAUGUCUAUUUCAACAGCUGCAGCAUUCUUUACAUUCAAAUAUAUUCCUUUCUUUGCCGUUGUCUUUUGGUUACUACUUCUUUUAAUUGCUGCUCAAGUUUCUUACACCACUUUAAUGAAACAAAUUAAAGACUUUACAAAAUUACCAAGUGAAACAAGUAGUGACAUCAUUGUAAAUAAAAUUUCAAAACACCACGAUGACUACGAAGAUUAUGACAGUUUCGGAACUGUAAAUGAAGAUGAUAAAAUAUAA